AUGAUAGGGUCGCUCCAGAAGCAGGUCUAUGACCUGCAGGCCCGCCUUGCCGUCUACGAGGCACCCCACCACCAGCCGGCUGCCCCACUCCACCCUCCUCACCACCAGCACGGCGGUGUCCACCUCCCUCACGUGCCCCACCCCCUCCACCACCACCACCAUCAGCACCACGGGCAGCCCGCCCCGAGUCUGCCGUCCCGCCACUCGCCCCACGGUGGCUCGGCGGCGUAUCCCUUCCCCCAGCACGUGCAGUACGCCCCCGGCACCACGAAGCCCAACCACGUGUCGCAGGAUCACCUCGACCGAGACGUGCGCGCCUUUUACGAUCACUGGAAGGGCAAAUACCUGCAGGAAGCCGGGCACUGCAACUCCAACGGCAAGCCGAGGUACCGGGUGAUCAUGAACAACAACGGCAAUGCGUCGGUGUCGGAGGGCCAGGGGUUCGGGAUGAUCAUCGUGGCGAUGAUGGCGGGCCACGAGGCCAAGGCGCGCGAGAUCUUCGACGGCCUGUUCCUCUACUGCAAGGACUACCCGAGCUCCAUCAACGCCCGGAACAUGGCGUGGAAGGUCAACGCCGACGGCUCGCGUGGAGGCGACAACUCUGCGUUCGACGGCGAUGCAGACAUCACCUACGGUCUGAUUCUUGCCGGCAAGCAGUGGGGCAGCACGGGAGCGGUAGACUACCGGGCGGAGGCUCUGGCCAAACUGGAAGCGAUGGCCUCGUCGAUGAUUGGACCCGACAGCAAACUGCCUCUACUGGGCGAUUGGGUGCAGCCCAACUCGACAGACAAGUUCAGCCAGUGGAGCACCCGGCCAUCGGAUUUCAUGUACGGCCACUUCCAAGCGUUUGCGCAGUUCGACCAGCAACGGCGCCAGUUGUGGGAGUCUGUGCUCAGCGCCACCCAGGCCGUGGCCAACCAAGUUCAGAGAGACCAUGCGAGUCGCACGGGACUGCUCCCGGACUUCGUUCAGUACGACCGAGGCUGCGGGUCGUACAAGCCCGCCCAGUCGGGCUUCCUCGAGGGCAACAACGACGGCGCCUACUUCUGCAAUGCCGGCCGCAUCCCGUGGCGAUUUGGCGUUCAUGCACUGCUGCACGGAGACGCAGUGGCUGCUCAGCAAGCCGAGCGAAUCUUGAAGUGGGUGGCUUCACAAGGGUCCAUCAAGGCUGGCUAUCACCUCGGUGCCACGCCUCCGCUCCGCGAUGGCCGGCCCAUUGGGGACUACUUCUCGACGUUCUUCGCUUCACCGUUUGUGGUGGCGGCCAUGGUGGCGCCCUCGGCCCAGUCCUGGCUCAACAAGAUGUACGAUGCGAUCAAGCACAAGAAGGAGAACUACUACGAGGACUGCGUCAACAUGCUGUGCCUCCUCACCCUCUCCGGCAACUUCUGGGAUCCCACCACGAUUGGCACCGGAUCGGCGCCCAAGGCGAUUGCGACCGGUCACGUGAGCGUGGCCGAGCCGAUCCAGAUGUCCUCCGCCCCAGCGAGCUCUUCUUCGUCUUCGUCAUCGACUCACAGCGGCGGUGAUGGCCCCGUCGCGGUACGCGGGAGUGCCGGCACUGAGUUCACCUUCCUCUCCGGCUCCAACAAGUGGUGGCUCGGCAUCUCCAUCCCAGGUUCGCAGGCUGUGAAGAUCGACAGCGGGAACGGGAGGGGCUGGCGGGAGAUGGUGGCCGGCUGGGCGCCCGGCAUCUGGACCUACCAGUGCGAGGGCGCCCCAUGCGGCUCAGUCCUCCGCUUUAUCAUCAACAACGGCCGCCAGGAAGAGGCCGUUGCCUGUCCCUACUGA